AUGAGCCAAUCCCUUCAAGGAGCACGCAAUGCCGUACAGCAUUUGGCAACACUGGCAAAAACCCAUGGUGAGGCAGUGGAGGCGUAUUGCUCCGAACAGCUCCACUUUACACACACCAGUGAACUGCGGAGUCACCUCUCGACCAGCAUUGAAGCAAAUUCUAUCAAGUUGGCUCUCGGGACGCUGCAAUCUGUGGAAAAUACCGCUUGGACUUUGCAGCCGGAGAACCAGGAACAUGUUCAGUUCUUGAAGUCUGCAGAAUUGGUAGACACGAGCAAUUUACGUCGUCUUACCCAAAUUUACGGACACGUUGCUGCCCUGAACUUCAAGAAGAAUAUCUUGGAACGUCUGGCUGCACUGGACAGGGCAAUUAAUGCCGAUAUUCUAGAAAUGCAUAAGGCUUGGUUGGUGUCCAAACUCCAGGCUGACCGCAUACCGCUCGAGGCUGAUGCAAAUUUAGUUAUCGGAAUUAACACGCUAUUGUCGGAGACUCGCCCAUCAUAUGGGUGGCAGCCGGCUUCUGGAAUAUCAAACGAAGAAAUACAAGGCGUGGCGGUAUUGUUUUCUCAGCAAUUUAAAGAAGUACACGCCAUGAGGUCUCCGCAGGACGUUGAGGGUGUUACAGCUGCGUACGAGCGAGCGAAUUCAUACAACCAAAAGCUCCAGUAUAUGUUGCCAGUGUUGAAAGAGAGGCUGCAUGCAGUUCUGCAGAGCCAGCCGUUGAGCAAGGAAGAAGCCGCCACUGCGUCUAAGAAAAUGGAGGGCAUUGCUGGAACUGGUCUCGAACAGGGAGAAGAACUCUUCAAGUUUUGCCAAACUGUUUAUGCAGAUAUUGGGGGCAAACCUGAAGAGGUUGCGCUUGAUGUUGGUGUUGGCAAAGCUCUUCUGAACAUUCUGGGAUCUAAGACCAAGUCCAGCAUUGAUGAUCAAGUAAAGGCUGUUCAAUGCCCUGAAGGUGACAUCGUCUGCUAUGUCAGAAAGUACUUCGCCACACCUGCGCGCGACCUUGAAUAUGUCACAAAGGAGUAUCUUGUGAGAUCGCACGUAAUUUUGGAAUCCACGAAGAAGCCAAAAAAGUACAAACUGGACAAAGACGUAUUUGGAUCCUCUGCACUGGACAAGAAAACCGACAUUAGGGUCGAAAUGGCGACGAACAAGAGGCUGGUAGCACUUUUGGGGCUGCGAUUCCGGUAUUACUCUAGACUAGCGGCGGAGAUCGAAGAAUAUGAGAAAAUAGUUACAAACGCAUUCUCAUUACCAUUCCGGAGAGCUACCAGCCCGUGGAAUCACCUUCAGGAACAAUUCGACACGGCAAAGGCAAAUAUCAGCAACUCUGCUUCCCACGAAGGGAUACCACAGAACUUUGGCAAGAUGCUGCAGAUAUCCUUGCGAAUACAAACUUGGGUGUUGGACGAUCGACUACGACUGUUUAACGAACCAGUCGAUUACCCCCCAAAUGAUGCUUACUCCGCUGAUCUUUAUUAA